GCGCCAGCGCCAGCGCGAGCGCGAGCGCGAUGGACAAGACGACCGAAGACUUGCUCCGGCGACCGUUGUAUAUUUACGAUCUCCCCCCGGAAGUCCUCGCCACUCUCGCCCUCAAACCCGACGUCGACAACCAGCCUCAGAUCUCCGACACCUCGAGCUCGCCCACGAAAGACAACGAUGACGCUUCGGAAAACGUCGUCGGGUCCCAAGCUUGUUCCCUUUGCGGGCUGAGCUUCGCUUCCGUCCAGGAGCAGAGGAGCCAUCUGAAAUCCGAUUGGCAUCACUACAACCUAAAACAAAAGCUCCGAGGGGACAAACCUGUCGCAGAGGUUGAAUUCGAAAAGCUAAUUGAGAAUCUCGAUGAAAGUCUGUCGGGCUCCGACUCGUCUGAUUCAGACUCGGGAGAUGAUGGCUCACGAAAGGAAUCGACAUUAAUUACCCUCCUCAAGAAGCAGGCGACCAUCGCGGAGAUGAAAAUCGACGCAAGCGGAAACGAGGAUGGCGAAGAGGAGGCCGCCACCGGUAGACGCAGUCGAAACCGUGGGAAACCUCCGUUGAUAUGGUUUAGCUCAUCCCUCUUGCCGACGAACACCUACUUUGGGCUCUACCGGGCUGUCCUGACUGCCGAAGAUGUUCGGGAUGAGCACAGUUUCGUCGACGUCGUCAAGAGAAAACAACUCGAACCCAUUGCCAUGCCCAAGCCAGCGAAGGAUGGCAGCCUUCCCGAGAUUGCCUAUAAAGGACCCCAUUUCUUCCUUUGUAUGGUUGGAGGGGGUCAUUUCGCCGCUAUGGUCGUGGCUCUGCCCCCAAGACAAACAAAAAACGCGGGUGGUCCCUUGAAUCGAGAGGCCACCGUCCUCGCCCAUAAGACCUUCCACCGGUACACCACCAGGAGGCAACAGGGUGGCUCGCAGUCGGCCAACGACAACUCAAAGGGCAACGCGCACUCGGCUGGUUCGAGUCUACGUCGAUAUAAUGAGCAGGCCUUGGUCGAUGAUGUCAGGGGGCUAUUGCAGGACUGGAAGGGCUUGCUGGACACGGCCGAGCUGCUCUUUGUGCGUGCCACAGGUUCCACGAACCGCAGAACGCUGUUUGGGCCAUACGACGGUCAGGUGCUGCGGCACAACGACUCCCGCCUCCGUGGGUUCCCCUUCAGCACGCGACGGGCUACGCAAAAUGAGCUGAUGCGCUCUUUCAUCGAGCUCACGCGGCUCAAGGUCCGGGAAAUCAGCCCGUCCCGGGAGCCCAUCGUACCGCCUACCGACGCGUCCAUCGCCUCCACCAAACCAGCGACCCCUAAACCAGCCAAGCCGAAGCCCUCCGAAGAGGAGGAGACGGCUCUCCUACACACCUCGCAGAUCCAAGCGCUCAUACGCCGCUCUAAGCUGCCGGCCCUGCUCAACUACCUUCAGACCAACUCCGUCUCGCCGGAGUUCCGCUUCGUGCCCCUCGAUCAAAACCACCACGCACCCACCCCACUCCACCUAGCCGCCCACCAGAACGCGGCGCCCAUCGUCCUCGGCCUUCUCACCCGCGGCGGCGCCGACCCUACAGCGACAAACGAACAGGGAAAGACUCCCUUCGAGCUCGCCGGCGAACGUGCCACACGCGACGCGUUCCGCGUGGCACGGUCUGAGCUGGGCGAGGCGAAGUGGGUCUGGGACGCCGCGCACGUGCCCGCGGCCUUGAGCAAGGCGGACGCCGACAAGCGCGAGGCGAGGGAGCGGACCGAGCGGGAGGCCAAGGAGGCCGAGAGGCGGCGCACGGAGGAGGAGAGGCUCAAGCGUGAGGGACCGACGGUCAAGACGACGGCAAAGAAGGUCGCAGCGGCGGCGGGCUUGGACAACAGGGGUCCGUUGAAGACGGCACAGGAGCGGAGGGAGGAGGAGGCGAGGGGGUUGACGCCCGAGAUGCGGAUGCGGUUGGAGAGGGAGCGGAGAGCCAGGGCGGCGGAGGAGAGGCUUCGACGGAUGCAGCAGGGGAGAUGAGGGGAUUAUUAUUACACGCGGAAUGCGUCUAGACAGUUCUCACUUGGACAUACCAUACGAGCGACAGCGAGAGAAUCCCACGGCAUCCUUCCUAGCAACGACGAGGCUCGAACAUCCAAAAUUGGAACAUCAAAAUACCUCAAGCCUAUUAUUGCUCGUGAGCCACUGCAGGCAGGCGGGAGUGUUAUGGAGCUCUCAACCCCAACUACAUAAUGCUCAUACCGGGCCAGCCAAGCUAGGACAGAAUACGGGCCAGGGUUGUGUAUACGUAUAUUGUAGCAUCUAAUAACCAGGGACUCUGAGCUGGCGUCAUGUACGAAUACCUUGUAUAGUUCUCUAGGCUGCUUCGUGAACAUUGAUUUGUGGGAUUAUCCUCCUAAGAAACAGAACAGAGGAGACAG